GUACGUGCACUUUGCAGUCAACCUUACGCCCACGGUCAACCCACAGUGGCACAGCCGCGCCUUCUCCGUCCGAGCUCAGCCGCUCCCUCUUGCUCUCCUCCGCCGAUUCGUGCUCGUCCAGCUGUGGUGGGUAGUGGUAGACGGCCGGCGACGAGGUUUCUACAUCUUCCAUGGCACUCGUUGUGAUGUGUGGGCAGCCAUGCAGCGGCAAAUCAGCAGCUGCUGCUUGCCUUGCUGCUGCGCUGCGCUCCUCCUCAACUGACCUUACUGUCCGUAUCAUUGACGAGUCAUCACUCCAUCUUGGACGCAAUGAUAGCUACAAAGAUAUGGUUGUCGAGAAAAACUUGAGAGGAGUUCUUAGAUCAGAAGUUGACAGGUCCGUGUCACGUGACAGCAUAAUUAUUGUCGACUCUUUGAACAAUAUUAAGGGGUACCGAUAUGAGCUGUGGUGUCUUGCGCGUGCAUCUGGAGUAAGAUAUUGUGUGCUUUUUUGUGAUACAGAAGUGGACCAUUGUAGGGAAUGGAACAGCAACCGCCAGGAGAAAGAAGAACGAGCAUAUGAUAGUAAUAUAUUUGAAGAUCUUGUGAGCAGAUUUGAGAAGCCAGAUAGCCGUAAUCGUUGGGAUUCCCCUCUUUUUGAAUUGUUUCCAUCUAGAGAUGAAAUAGUGGAAACAGCUCCUGUUAUUGCCGAGGCUGUGUCAUAUUUGACAAAGAAAGUGGAUUCAAAAACUAGAGAUGUAAAAGUUCUCCAACCUACAAUAGCCACUCAGACUGUGCGAACAACAGAGGCUAAUUCCCUGUAUGAGAUGGACAAAGCAACACAGGAGGUGGUGAAUGCAGUUGUUGAAGCACAAUCCUGUGGUCUUGGGCUUGCCAUGAACAAGAUUUCUAUUGGACCAAACUUGCCAACUAUCAAUCUUCAAAGAUCUGUUGGCCUGCCUGAGCUCCGAAGCCUGCGACGAACUUUCAUCAAGCUGGCAGGGCAGUACAGCCUGAGUGGUCCACCACCGCCGACUGAUGCUGAUAGCGCAAAGAGGAUGUUUGUCGACUACUUAAACCGCGAAGUUGGUGCUUGAAGAUUUUUCCUCUCUGAUGCGGCAACAUUUUGUGGUGAACUCAACAUGGGGGACUAUUGGAGAAGCAACAACAUAGUAUGCUCUUUUAGAGCCGCUAAAGAGACUUUCGGUAUAGGAUUCAGAAAUGCUGGCAUAAAUUAGAUGCUUCUGCGGCCAUAGGAUGAGUGGGCACCGCCGCGAGCCCAGCGGUGUAUGGCUGCAGCGGCACGUAAUCAAACCAUGAUGCAAGGAUUGUUCUGCAGUGUGGCCUCCAUCCUGUUUGUAAAUGGGAUCGUGCACCUUAAGACAGGCAAAUUAAAGAUUCAAGUCCGUGUUAAUUGAUCGGUGCGUCGCCACACGCCCACCUCCAUCUCCA